UAAAAAGGGCUAAAAACUAAAAAGGAGCAAGAAUUUUUUUUUAGGUUAGAAUCGUUGUCAAAAUUGACGGCUGAGGCAAUACCGUGUGUUCUUAGUUGAUACCUUCUAGUUUUGUGGUUGAUACACGUUUUUCAAGUAAUUUAAGCCCUAAUACAUUAAUAUAGCAAACAAAUUAAAAUGCCGACCAUUGGUGUUAAGCGUGACGUUUUAUUCGAAGCUCUAGGAAAAAAAUACACCGACGAUGAGUUUCAGAAACUUUGUUUUGAGUUCGGAUUGGAACUUGAUGAAGUUACAACCGAAAAACAAAUGAUUUCAAAAGAACAAGGGGAAGAUUCUCAAUUGUCUCAUGGAGCUUCAGAAGAUAUAAUAUAUCGUAUUGAUAUUCCAGCUAACAGAUAUGAUUUACUUUGCUUGGAAGGUCUAGUAACAGGAUUACUUGUAUUUAUGGGAAAAAUCGAUCCACCCCUAUACAAAGGUGUAAAACCCAAGAAGAAAGUAACACUAACCAUUAAACCAAAUACUGCUCAAAUACGUCCAUAUGCAGUGGCUGCAAUUUUGAGGAACUUAACAUUCUCACCAGAUUCUUACAACAGCUUCAUUGAUCUUCAAGAUAAACUACACCAGAAUAUUUGUCGCAAAAGGUCUUUGGUUGCCAUAGGCACCCAUGACUUGGACACUUUGCAACCUCCAUUUUAUUAUGAUGCCCAAAAACCAUCAGACAUUCGUUUUGUGCCUCUAAAUAAAACUGAGGAACAUUCAGCUGAGGAGUUAAUGGAAUUAUAUUCUACUCAUGCACAGUUGAAGCAAUAUUUGCAUAUCAUCAAGGACAGUCCUGUGUAUCCUGUUAUUACUGAUAGUAAAGGGGUUGUUUUGUCCUUGCCUCCUAUUAUUAAUGGAGAUCAUUCUAAAAUAACCUUGGAUACCAAGAAUGUUUUUAUUGAGUGUACUGCUACUGAUCUAACAAAGGCAAAAGUAGUUUUGGACACAAUAGUCUGUAUGUUCAGCACUUAUUGUGUCAACAAAUACGAAGUUGAAUAUUGCGACGUAAUAUACCCAGACAAAUCCGUACAAAAAACUCCUGAACUCAAAUAUUCCAACAGAGUUGUGUCGAUAUCGAAAAUCCAGAAGAAAAUCGGAAUUGACGCCGAUGGUGAAGUGAUUGAAAAACUUCUUGGCAAAAUGAGUUUGGCACCAAAGUUGACAUCAAAUGGGGAUGACAUUAAGGUGGUAAUUCCGCCUACAAGACAUGACAUUUUGCAUGAUUGUGAUAUUUAUGAAGAUGUAGCCAUAGCUUAUGGCUAUAACAACAUCAUAAGGACUGUACCAAAAACCAAUACUAUCGGACAACAACUACCAGUUAAUAAGUUGUCUGACUUGCUUAGAAGUCCUAUUGCACAAGCUGGUUUUACUGAAGCUUUGACAUUCACUUUGUGCUCUAGAGAAGAUAUUUCAACAAAACUGGGCAUUGAAAAUAUUGACAACGUUCCAGCUGUUCAUAUUUCCAACCCAAAAACGUUGGAAUUUCAAGUUUGCCGUACCACUUUGUUGCCAGGAAUUUUAAAAACUAUUGCAGCCAACAAAAAAAUGCCUCUGCCUUUGAAAAUUUUCGAAAUUUCCGAUGUUGUACUAAGGGAUCCCAAUACAGAGGUGGGCGCCAAAAAUGAAAGGAGAAUCUGCGCUGUAAAUUGCAAUAAAAACGCUGGAUUCGAAGUUGUUCAUGGCCUAUUGGACAAAAUUAUGCUUUUGCUUGAAGUACCAUGGUCUCAAAAUAAAACAAAUGCUGGAUACUACUUAAAGGCUUUGGAAGAUCCAACAUAUUUCCCUGGAAGAUGUGCUGAGAUAAUCUGCAAUGGCAAAGUUAUUGGUAAGAUUGGUGUACUCCAUCCAAACACAAUUUCAAAAUUUGAACUCAGUAACCCUUGUUCUGCUCUUGAAAUCACCAUUGAACCUUUUGUUUAAAUUUAUGGUUGGGUAAUAAAUGCAUUUAAUAUAAUGUAAACGCUUUUUAUAAAUAUAUUUAUUAAUAAAU